AUGUCCUCCGAAGGUGUACCAAUACCUCCGUCUAACACCAACCUUGGCACCUCCUCCCUCUCCUCUGAUGCGUCAUCGCUGCCUUUUUGGGAUCGUCUAUCGACAUGGGCAUCCGAGAACAAAGUUGUCGUAUACACAAUCGCAGGUGUUGCCGUGGUAGUCUCUGGGGCGGGCGUGGCAUACUACCUCUCGGAUUCGAGGAAAGGGUCGAAAGAUGUAGCGGCGGAAGAGAAGAAACGAUUAAGCAAAAAGGAAAGAAGGAAGGCAAAGCAAGAAAAGGAGAAGGAGAAGAGCGCGCCAGAAGCUGAAGCAGCACAAGAAAAGCCUAAAGAGCAGUCACAAGCGAAGCCUCCCACUGUGGAGUCAGAUCCGUUACAAGGUAUACCCCAAAUAGAUGAGAACAAUGUCGAUACUUUGUCGGAACAGGAGCGAAAAGAAUAUGCCACGAAAUUGAAAGUCGCCGGCAACAAGGCGUAUGGCGACAAGAGCUACAAUGACGCGAUCGAGCUAUACGGGAAGGCUGUCCUGUGCAAACCAGAUCCCAUAUUCUAUUCGAAUCGAGCCGCUUGCUACAAUGCGCUUGGAAGUUGGGAAAAGGUCGUGGAAGACACUACAGCUGCGAUCAAUUUGGAUAACGAAUACGUCAAGGCACUGAACAGGAGGGCGAAUGCAUACGAGCACCUCGAGAAGUACAGCGAAGCUCUCCUGGACUACACGGCGAGCUGCAUAAUAGACGGAUUCAAGAACGACCAGAGCGCGCAAAGCGUAGAGCGGUUGCUGAAGAAAGUGGCCGAAGCCAAGGGCAAGGCCAUCCUUGAUGGGAAGGAGAAGAAGUUACCGAGCCCAACAUUCGUCACAAACUACCUACAGAGCUUCAGGCCACGGCCACCACCACAAGGUCUAGAAGAGACCGCGGAAUUGGAUGACGAGAGUGGCAAGGGCCGACUAAGAGCGGGGCUGAUGGCUAUGGACAAGAAGACUGGCGAAGGCUAUGAAGCGGCAUCCGCGGCUUUUGACAAAGCUCUUGAGCUCGGCGAUCUCGGCGAACAUGAGGCAUUCGCAUACAACAUGCGUGGGACGUUCCGAUAUUUACGAGGCGAGAACAAAGAUGCGCUUGAAGAUCUCACACGAAGUGUAGAGCUCCAGCCGACUUUGACCCAGAGCUAUAUCAAGAGGGCAAGCAUGCAUUUGGAACUUGGAAACCGAGAAGCUGCUGCGAGUGACUUUGAGCAAGCAAUGGAGCAACAGAAAGAGGACCCUGAUAUCUACUAUCACCGAGCUCAACUCCAUUUCAUCCUUAGCGAGUUUGCGGAUGCGGCCAAGGACUACCAAAGAUCGAUCGACCUGGACCGGGACUUCAUCUUCUCUCACAUCCAGCUGGGAGUGACCCAGUACAAAAUGGGCUCAAUUGCCUCCUCGAUGGCGACGUUCAGACGGUGCAUCAAGAACUUUGACAAAGUGCCUGACGUUUAUAACUACUACGGAGAGCUACUUUUGGACCAACAAAAGUACCAAGAAGCUGUGGAGAAAUUCGACACAGCUGUGGAGAUGGAGAAGCAGACGAAGCCCCUUGGCAUGAAUGUGCUGCCACUGAUCAACAAAGCACUCGCUCUGUUCCAGUGGAAGCAAGACUUCCAAGAAGCAGAAAAGCUGUGCCAGAAAGCACUCAUUAUCGAUCCUGAGUGCGAUAUCGCUGUGGCCACAAUGGCUCAGCUGCUCCUGCAACAAGGCAAGGUUACGGAGGCGCUCAAAUAUUUCGAAAGAGCCGCAGAGCUCUCAAGGACAGAGGGCGAGAUUGUCAAUGCCUUGUCAUACGCCGAGGCCACGAGAACACAACUAGAGGUUCAGGAGAAAUAUCCUCAGCUUGCAGGCCGACUGCAGGGUAUGGGGGCUAAUAUUGGCGGUCCGAUGCGAUGA